GUGUGCUAAAUAAACUCUAGGCCGGCGAGCAAGAUUUAACAACGAUGCUUUUGAAAGUAAACUUUCAAUUGGAAAGAUUAUGACUUUUUAACAAAAAAAAAAGCGGGGUGCAAAAGGGGGAGGUUAAGAUAAGAUAAACGUGAGUGGCAGUUGAAGGUAAUUAAAUGAAAAUACAAAAAGAAGCGCAUAUGUGUUAGCCCAGUCCCCAAAUCUAGGUCGUUUUUGCUCCGAUAGACGAAGUUUUGUUAGAAAUCAUGGCUGCAGCAGCUAAAUUCGUGGUAGUCAGCACCGAGGAAUUGUUUUCGUUUGUUGUGCGAUGUAUUGAGAAAGCUGGAGGGAAAGUUUCACAUGCUGAAGCAUUAGCAGAAUUAUUAGUUGCUGCAGACAAACGUGGACAUUUUAGUCAUGGGCUGAACAGACUUGACAUGUAUGUCCGUGACCUGGAAUCCAAAAUCACAUCAGGGACGGCAGAACCUGAAAUUGUAAAUGAAACUCCAGCAACAGCAUUGGUUGAAGGAAACAAUAUUCUUGGUCCUGUGGUUGGAAAAUUUUGCAUUGAUUUGGCUAUUAAAAAGGCGAAAGAAGUUGGUGUCGGUUGGGUUUGUGCUUCAGGUUCCAAUCAUUUUGGAAUUGCUGGCUGGUACUCAAUGAGAGCAUCAAAUCAAGGAUUACUGGGAAUGGCAUUUACAAACACUUCUCCUCUUUUGGUACCAACACGAGCCAAAAAGCCUGCUUUGGGAACUAAUCCCAUUAGUGUUGCUGCCCCGGCACAAAAAGACGACAGUUUUGUUCUGGAUAUGGCUACAACCACUGUAGCUUUGGGCAAGGUUGAAAUUAAUCAGAGGAAAGAUCUUUCCAUUCCAGAAGGUUGGGGAGUUGAUUCAAAUGGCAAGGUUACCAAAAACCCUGCUGAUGUUUUAAAUAACGGUGGACUAUUACCAUUAGGAGGUGUAGAAGAAACUGGUGGUUACAAAGGUUAUGGCUUGGCAUUAAUGACUGAAAUAUUUUGCGGAGUCUUAGCUGGAGCAAAUUCUGGAGCUAACAUUCGAUCAUGGAAAAACACAACAUCACCUGCAAACUUGGGACAGUGCUUUGUUGCUCUGGACCCAUCUGUUUUUGCUCCCGGAUUCAAAGGGCGUAUGUCAGAUCUUCUCGGUCAUUUAAGGAACAUGGAUCCUUCGGAGGAAGGUAAUCCUGUAUUAGUUGCUGGAGAUCCAGAAAGACAACAUGAACAAAAAUGUGAUAAACUGGGUGGAAUUCCUUACCACCCGAAUCAGAUAACAUUUGCUGAAAGGUUGGCUGAUCAGCUUAAGAUUGCUCGAAUGAAACCAAAAGCCUAAUCCAAGAAGAAGAAAAAAAAUCUUCUCUCUAUUUCUACAAACAUCGAAUUAGAUUGACCAGAAUUAAUCUUUUGAUAAAUAUUUUUUUAAUAAAUUCUUUUAAUAAGUGAA